CUCUAUUGUGGGUGUUUGGACGGUUGGUGGUUUCAGGAAGGCUGGAUUCUCAUCUGUCAUCAACUUGAAAUGGAGACUCGCGGAAUAAUAAAAGCCUUCCCAAAAGUGAAAAGACAUCGACCACAUGAGGGUAAAGACGCUCCCCCAGUCAAGAAACCUCCAAGUCAACCCAUCACUGGGAACAUAUUUCAGGGUGUCUGCAUCCACAUAGUCCCUGCUGGCAUAGGAAAUGCCCGGUGUGACAUAUUCAAGCAGCAGAUCGUGCAGAAUGGAGGCCAGGUGGAAGCUGCUUACAGUCCCAGGUGCACACACGUGGUCGUGGACGAGUCGGUGGACAGGGAGCGAGCGUCAAGGCUGCUGAAGAUGGAAACCUUUCCCCCUGCUGUGCAGCUGGUAAAGUGCACUUGGCUGAGUUCUUGCAUCUCUGAGAAGAAGCUUCUGAGCACAGAAGACUACAGGCUCCAUCCAUGUGACCGUCCUCAGGACUCUCCCGCCGAGGAGCCAAAGCAGAGCUUUGUCAGCCGCAUCCCUGUUCUUGAUGAAAUGCAGCCACCAGAUCACAAAUCAGCUCUGGAAGAUCCAGCUGACGUGUUGCCAGAGACACAGGAAGAACCCCUGGAGGAAGACACCGUGUCACAAAACGAUCUGGAGGCUCUAAUCAGCGGGGUUAAACCCGAUUCUGCCGCUUCACCUCACACGCAGAAUCUGUCAGAAAAAGCAAAGGUGCUGGGAAAGUGGGUGUGCGCCCAGUCGUCUCAGGCAAAGAGCCAAAACCACAACAAGCACCUCACCGACAAGCUGGAGCAGCUAGCCAAAGCCUAUACACACACAGGUGAUAAGUGGAGGGCGCUAAGCUACUCGAAGGCAAUUAACGCGCUCAAGAGCCAUCCCAAGUCGAUCUCUUCAUACGAGGAAGCUUGUAAGAUCCCAGGCAUUGGCAAGAGCAUGGCUGAUAAGAUCAUGGAGAUCAUGGAGAGUGGGCACCUGAGGAAACUGGACAAUUUGGGGGAGUCCGUGUCCGUCUUGGAAACGUUCACUAACAUCUGGGGCGUUGGCGCAAAGACCGCUCAGCUUUGGUACCAACAGGGGUUUCGUACACUGGAGGAUAUCCGCACCAAGGCCACUUUGACUCACACGCUCAGAAUUGGCCUGAAGCACUACGACGACUUCCUCGAUCGAAUGCCAAGAAGUGAGGCAGCUGCCAUCGAGAAAACGGUAAGAGAGGCGGCACACAGCGUGAACCCAGAGCUGCUGGUGGUGGCAUGUGGCUCGUACCGCCGCGGGAAGCCCACAUGUGGAGACGUGGAUGUGCUCAUCACUCACCCAGACGGCCAUUCACACAAGGGCAUCUUUAGCAAAGUGCUCCAGAUUCUCCAUCAGAGCGGCUUCUUGACUGAUGAUUUGGUGAGCCACGAGGAGAAUGGAGAGCAGAAGAAGUACAUGGGUGUAUGCGUCCUGCCAGGCCCGGGUCAGCGCCAUAGGAGACUCGACGUUAUUGUGGUGCCACACGAUGAAUUCGCCUGCGCACUGCUUUACUUCACAGGUUCGGCCCACUUCAACCGCUCCAUGCGUGCACUCGCCAAAACCAAAGCCAUGAGCCUGUCGGAACACUCCCUGAACUCCGGCGUGGUGCGUGAGCGUAGUGUCAAGGUGGUCCCGGGUUUGGCGCUGAGCACGCCUACUGAGAGGGCGGUCUUUGAGCACCUGGGCAUCCCAUACAGAGAGCCUCAUGAGAGAGACUGGUAGCAGAAUAAAACUGAAUGCAUGUACUAUCUGCUGUACCUCUCAAUCCCAAAGAUAUGUUUAAAUCUUUCUGUGUUUUAGAUGUUAAAUCAUGAGUUCUGCAUAACUGGGAUGGAGCACUCCAGCUGUAAUGCAUCGCUGGAGUGCUUCAUCCAAGGAAAUAAUCAAUUAUGGACACUCUGUAAGAAUAUAUAUUUUUAGCUUUUUAUCUUAAAAUCCUAGAAACUACAACAUGUAAAUGAGACACUAGAAAAGUUCUCCUUAAACACUCUUUUUAACUAUGUUUCCAGAUACUGUAUGUAUUUAUUGUGCUGCUUAAUGAUUGACAUUUAUAAUGCAAUUUAUUGAUUUUAAUAGACAUACAGUAUGUAUGAGGAAAUGAUGGUAUGAGGGCUAGAUGGUUUGAAUGUAGUCCAGUUUUGGUUGCCCUAUAAAAUAGCUAUGGCACAGUUUCUUAGCCUCAGCCUUGCCAGAUGACUUGAAUAGUUUUUAGGAUGUAACACAUUGCAUGCAAUAUUUCCAUAAUGCAAACAUUAUUAAAUUAUUGCAAAAUACA